AUGAAACUUUUUAUUAAUAAAUAUCGAGUUGUUGAGAUGGGGAAUGCAGCAAAUAAACAAAAUAAAAAGAACUCUAAUUCUCUCUAGUCAAUAACAAAGAUUUUUUAUAUUUACUUAUUAAUUGGAAUUAUACCUAUUUUACGAUGAAAGUGCCUAAAAAAUAUAUUUUUGUUAAAGUAAGAAAAUUCCAGAGUUCUAUUAUCUCAACCGCAAACGGCAGAGACUUCUCCACAUUGAGCCAGGCCGGCUAACUUCCUCCCAAUUUCAACCAGCUGUUGUUUUUCCUCCUGACUCAGCCAUUGGCUAUGUCCAAGGCUCUUGUAUUAUGGUUGCAGGAGGAUCUGAGCUAAACAAGUUUAUCACGCGAGUUGCACUAAUAAAUACUUCAACAAUGAAGCUCAAGUUUUUGAGCCCACUUCCUAUUGCUGCAAAGUAAAUUAAACUAAACGAUUAAACUGGCCAUAAGCGGGCAAGUCACUAACCUUUUGCCUCGUCUCUGCCCUAAAAUAGCCGCCUCCAUGUGUCCUGAGAGACGAAAUGGGGAUUGGUCUAAACCACCUGUCCAAGGGAUCAGCUCCCUAGGGCGGAGCCACCAUCUGUAGAUUGCUCGAUGGUCCCGACAAGGGAAGAACAUACAAUAGGCAAAACCUGCAUAGCCUAUCUGCUAGAACAUGAAAACCUUUGGAGGAGAAAACAAAACUUCCAUCUUCGGUAAGGCAUCCCCAAGCCUGAAGGCCUACUUCAAAGGGACAGACGUCCAGUUUUCAGUUCAUCAGGAUGAGUCUACAUUUUUCUAUCGAAGUGCGCUUUGGAGUCCAAUUUCUGUCAGUGUCACCAUUUAUUUCUUAUUAUUUCCACAAAGGAAGGUCAUUUAUACGAGUACAAAGAAUGAGUUUAUUAUGUAGGCGGGCUAUCAGAAGCCAAACUUGAUCCUAGAUCUCCACAGGAUGAGCCAGCCCCUUUAAUGAGAUACCAUAUAAAUAAAAACAGGUGGGAAUAUUUUGUAAAUUAUGAAGAUGAAGGUUUAGUAAAAAGAAAGAUUUUGGUAGAAAAAGAGAUCCAAGAGGACGAAGAGGUCCAUUUAACAGUCGACAAAAGCGAAAAGACCCUUUAUAAAUUCGAAUUAACUGAGCUUACGCUCAGAGACUUGCUAUUACCUGGCUCUUUUAUGAGCAAUGCAAAAAUAUAUUUUAUUGGAGGGUUUAUUAUGGACCGAAUUGGGAGACUGAUUCCAAAUAAACAAGUUUUUUCUUUACUCCCCCCCCCUUUAAAUUGGAACUAAAAAUUUUGUUCCGAUUUAAAGGGGGGUUAAUUUGUUUUUUAAAAAAACAAUAUCUUUUUAUAAAAAAAAUUUAUAUAUAUAAAAAUUUAAAAAAAAAAAUAUUCAAAAACUUAUCGAGUUAGAUUAAUAAAUUUGUUUAAUAAAAUGCUAUUUACUCUUUAUCCUUUAAAAAAAGCAAGAUAUAACUAAAUUUUCAUUAUUAGUUAAUACGCCACUAUUUAAUUGGCAUCAAAAUUAUUUGCACAAAAAUUAUUAUUUUUAUUGAUAAAAAAAAAUUAAAAAAAAAAAAUUUAGAAAAUUUAUCAUCAACGUGCUAAUUUUGUUUAAAUAAGAUGUUAUUUAUACUCUAUUCUUUAAAAUAAAAGCAAGAAAUAAGUAAAUUUUGAAAUUUUAUAAAGAAUUCCUAUUGAAUUUAUAUCAAAACUAUCCAAAUAAACAAUAUCAUUUUUAUCAAAAAAAAUAUUGAAAAAAUUUUUAAAAAACAAAUUAAUUUUUUUUUUAAAAUUUAGCAAUUAAGGAUAAUAAAUUUAUUUAAAUAAGAUGCUCUUUAUACUUUCUUCUUUAAACAAGAGCAAGAUAUAACUAAAUUUUGAAUUUUAGUUAAGAAGAAACAUUUAACUUAUAUCAAAACUUUUUAGAUAAAAAUUAUAUAUAAUUUUUUAUUAUAAAAUUAAAUUUUGUUCCAAUUUAAAGGGGGGUUAAUUUACCAAAAAAGUGGAAAAUUUUACCUAUAUUUUGUUCCUAUUUAAAGGGGGGGAGUUAGAUUUGUCCUUAAGUAAGCCAAAAUUUCAAAUUGAGCCAUUUAAAAUUCCUUAUUUAGUUAUACGGCCUAUAUGCUCAAAUGGAGGUAAGCAUAUAUUAAUUACUGGUGGGUUGAAUCCAAGGUCAGGGAGACCUAGUCAAUAUAGUUAUGUUUUGACUUUAGCAGAUACUUCUGCGACUUUCACACCUUUAGAUGUACUGCAAGUCGAGCUUCUUGAAACUUGCGCACCUAUUUCUAUGGAGCAUUAUGUAAUUUUCCCUAAUUACCCACUUGUCCCUGUAAGAAGAAGGCACUUAAAGGAGUGGCAAAUAUUUGAUAUAAAAACAGAAAAGAAGUCAAAAUUUAUUGAAACAAAAGAAUUGAUAAAAAAUGAAAAUGAAGUAGGUGAUGACAAAAGAGCACCAAUUAAAAAAGUUAGACCAAUGAUAAUACCCUUAGGAACUUUUAUCAGUGAAGAAGAAGGAUUCGAGUUUACAAGGAAAAAAAAUGAGAGCGCAUUAGAAGAGGAUGGGGUUAUCAUAAAAAUGUGUGAAAUAGACUAUGAGGAAGAAGAUGACGAUAUAAAAGACCCUUCAAAAACUGAGCAAAAAAUCGAAAUUGAAAGACCUGAAUCAUUCAUAGCAUAUGAUCCAAAAAGGAUACAAAUGAAUAAAAAUGUAAAAAAGGAUUAUGAUUUAAUUGAAAGCUCAGAAAGAUCCAAUAGCAGAAGAAACACUAGUGUAAGCAAAAACUCGAAAAAUAUGAACAUAGAAAAUAGUUUGUCUAAGGAGAAAAAAAGAGAUAAAUCGCUUCCUACGCACCCAAAAUGUCCUAGCAAUGAAAAUAUGAUUGAAACUACGACUAAAUCAAGAGGGAAUCUUGAAGAUUAUUUCCUUAAAAAUUUAAAAAAUAAAAAGCAUUAA